CGCCGCCUGCGAACGGCCGACGCGGUCUGGAACCCAGCCCGCCUCUCCCCUCGCUUCUUUUUGUGUCCGCGACGGGCUGGCGGGAUGUAUCUGGGCCCGAGGCCCGCGGCGCUGGGGCUUUUACUGAUGUGCGCCGCCACAGCCCGCGCCGGCAACGCCGAGGAGCUGCACUACCCUCAGGGCGAGCACCGCACAGACUACGACCGCGAGGCGCUGCUGGGCGGCCAGGAUGAAGUCGAUGAAUAUGUUAAACUCAACCCCGAAGAGCAACACACAAGACUGAAGUCAAUCAUAAAGAAAAUUGACUUGAACUCAGAUGGCUUUCUCACCGAAAGUGAACUCAGUUCAUGGAUUCAGAUGUCUUUUAAACAUUAUGCUAUGCAAGAAGCAAAACAACAGUUUGUCGAAUACAAUAAAAACAAUGAUGAUACUGUGACUUGGGAUGAAUACAACAUUCAGAUGUAUGAUCGAGUGAUUGACUUUGAUGAGAACACUGCUCUGGAUGAUGCAGAGGAGGAGUCUUUUAGGCAGCUUCAUUUAAAGGACAAGAAACGAUUUGAAAAAGCUAAUCGGGAUUCAAGUCCUGGUUUGAGUCUUGAAGAAUUUAUUGCUUUCGAGCAUCCUGAAGAAGUUGAUUAUAUGACGGAGUUUGUCAUUCAAGAAGCUUUAGAAGAACAUGACAAAAAUCAUGAUGGAUUUGUUAGUUUGGAAGAAUUUCUUGGUGAUUACAGGCGGGAUCCAACUGCAACUGAAGAUCCAGAAUGGAUACUUGUUGAGAAAGACAGAUUUGUGAAUGAUUAUGACAAAGAUAACGAUGGUAGGCUUGAUCCUGAAGAGCUAUUACUUUGGGUAAUGCCCAAUAACCAGGGCAUUGCACAAGAAGAGGCUCUUCAUCUAAUUGAUGAAAUGGAUUUGAAUGGUGACAGAAAGCUCUCUGAAGCAGAGAUUCUGGAAAAUCAGGACUUGUUUCUUACCAGUGAAGCAACAGAUUAUGGCAGACAGCUCCAUGAUGAAUAUUUCUAUCUCUAUCAUGAUGAGCUUUAAUCCCCGAGUAUGUUUGAAUAGAAUACUGAUUCCUUUUAUAAUUUGUUACCAGCUUUACUUUUGUGAUAAAAUAUUGAUGUUAUAUUUUACACACUAAGUCUUACCAUAGUCAAAAUUAUCUUAAUGUAAUAAUUUUGGCCUUUUAG